UUUACCGUUAGUGCAGCAUUUAUCCUCGACGGCGUUGGUUGUCGCCUGAGUUUUCGCCUUUAAAAUACUACCUUCGUCGUUUUAUCAUAUACAAGGAGACAAUUCGUGUCGUGACGUGCCGUGUGUACAUUUCGUGCAAGACUUAACGUUUUUCGUUGGAAACUGAAUAAAAAAAAUUCGCAACAAGCGCAAAACACGAAAAGAAGAAACUAAAAAAAAAAACAAAAAAAAAACAGAAACAUGCACAAAUGCACGCAUGGUCAAUAACAUUAACGUUGUUGACACUUUUGUGAGCAGCAGAAGAAGGAGAAGCAGAAGUAGAAGUAGAAAGAGCAGCAGCCGCUGCUGCUGCUGUAACAAGAGCACUUGAUACCAAAAUAAACAAAUACAAAUGAAACAAACGUAACGUAACUAAAAAGGCAGAACAAAAAAUCAAUCAAUUAAUCAAUUGGUAAACGCCCACGCCCACGCUACCAAAGCAGCCACGCCCACUUGAGCAAUGUUGCAGUCAAUUGCAAUGAUAGCCUGGUUGUUGCUACUCCUAGUUUACGCCCAGGCAUCAACGCUGCCAACGCCAGAUGCUGCUGCUGCCGCCGCCGCCGCCGCUGCUGCUGCUGCCCAAGUGCAGUCAACGCAGACGCCAUUUGCUGCUACUAGCGACAGCAACAGCAACAACAACAACAAGCAGUUAAGCAGAUGCCGCCAAAGCUGUUAUCAGCAGUUUGCCAGGGACUGGCAUUAUUGCACGGAUUACGUUGAUUGCCGUAAUUGUUGGCAAAGCUGCCAGCGCCAAUUGGCGCCAUUUACUUUGCGCGUGUACAAGGCGCAGCGACGUGGCACGCUGGUGCUAACCGACAUUGGCUGGGAUGAGCUGAUUGCGAAUGCGUCCCGCCAGUGCCUGAUCACCUGGGAGGUGUCCGGCGGUGGCCUCAUGGGCAACAUGCUGACAGAUGCGGCGCGCGCCGAACUCUCGCUCUGGCCGGAUACGGUCUACAAUAUACAAGUCACCUGUAAGCAUAAGCUGACAGGCUUAAUGCGACGCUCGCUCAAGCUGAACGUGGACACACAUCAGCUGCUGCUGCUGAAAGGAGCAGCAGCCACAGGAACUGCUGCAGCAGCAACAACAACAACAACAAGCACAUUAAUAAACAGCUGGGGGGCACAUGCACGGCCAACAGAUCGUGUGUAUAUAAUCAGCGUACUGCCUACGGCAAGCCAACUGAGCAGCGUGGUAUAUCCGGCCUUUGGUGCGUUGGCCUUCUUCCUGGCGCUGUUGGUCAUGUUCCUGUUUCUGCGUCCACAGCGCAAGCGGGCAGCAGCUGAUGGCAAUGGCAAUGGCUUCGAUGCGGACACAGCCUCGUUGCUCAGCGGACGUCGCGGUUCACGGCUCUCCAUGGACAACUCGACGCUGCAUGUGUAGAGUAGUCCCAACAGCAACAACAACAAGAAGAAGAAUAAGAAGUAGAACAAAUCAAAUGCCAAAAACAAACUAAAGCAACCAACUGCGCAGCAACUAAUUUAAAAUUGACAAAACUUUUGUAGUCUCGUAUAUGUCUGACUAUGUGAUAUUCUGCAAAACCCCAAAAUAACCUGUACAUAGAGCAAGUCUAGGACAGCGCUGUAAAUCAAUGGAAAGAGUUGACUAAGGAUUAAGAAGAAAGCAGAAAGAGGAAUAGUGAGCAAGUGAGCCUAGUAAGGGGUAAGCUUGCGUUUCAAUUCAUUUCAAAUAGACAAAAAUACAAGCUAUAGCUACGCUACAUUUAUCGAUACUAUCGAUACUUUGAUUAUAGUUUAGCUUUUAAGUUCGCUUCCUCUUGCUGAUUGCGGGCAGCUCUUCUUGAAAUUGCAGCGCUCUAACUUAUCUUAUAUAAUAUACAUUCAAGUCCACAUAUAGUUAUCAACACACAAUAAGUUGAUAACUCAAAUGUUUUGCUCAAAUUAUUA